AUGUGGCCAGAUGCCCUGGCACUUGUACUGCAGCAAGGAGAAGGCAAGAGGAUGUCACCACAGUUCAGUUCUGCACCAUAUCUCUAUCUGAACGUGGAGCUCUCAGACAAACUACCUCUCAAGAUUGGUCCUCUGCUGCCUUCCCGACCCUUGGAGCCCAAUAAGAACUGUCUUCAGGGCAACAGCGAAAGAUUCACAGCGAUCAUCACGGAGUCUUUCCAAACCUUGGAGCUGAAAUUUGAGGAUAUUCUAAAAAUCCAGGGCGAGCAUAGGCAGAAACUUUAUCAAGAAUAUUCUCUUCAGAUGAAGACUUUGAAAAGAAAGAUAUCCGAGGAUGCAGCUGAAGUCAAGAAACAUGCAAAAAAAAAAAAAAAAAAACUCACUGUGAGUAAUAUCUUCAAGGAGCAGCAAAAAUUUAUUCAUCAGUUUCUGGGUAUUCAGAAGAAGAGGAUGGAAGAAUUUAAAGAUCUGUGUGAACAGUAUUUGGAGAAACUUGUAAUACUGAGGGAUUCUCGGGGAGAUUCCCUCAUUGAAGAGCUGAGACGUCUAAUAGCCACCUUGAAAAUAAAACUUCUGAUGCUGAAUUGCCAGAAAGAGAAUGCUGCUGGUCAACUGUCUCUCCUGGAUCUGUUAUUCUCAUAA